AUGGUUGGACUACAAGCCGAGAACCUCGCCGUGAACGAUGGCCCCCUAACAGCGGAAAACGCAGCCCUGUUGCGCCCCUCCUCCCCAUCCCUCCCCCUCUCCGAACUCCGCGAGCGCUACGAAGCAGACGGCUACCUAUUCCUAAAGCAAGUCCUGCCUCGACAAGAUGUCCUCGACGCCCGCAACGCCUACUUCUUCUCAUUGAAGGAGACAGGCGUCCUGAAGCCUGGCACUACUCCGGUGGAAGGUGUAUUCGAUCCCGCCAAGAGCCACCUCGACUACCCCGGCAUUGGAGCCGGACACAUUGGCGGAAAUGGAAAGCCAGGUGGCGAGCAAGCAGCUGCUUUUGUGGAUCUUGCUUUGGACGCCCACUACCAGGAAUGGUAUGACAAGUUCUGUAACCACCCUGCGUUGUAUGACUUUGUCGCCCGGUUCGCGGACUGGGGGAAGAACACGCUUAACUUGAAGCGCACGUUAUUGAGGAAUAAUAUUCCUGGUUCGAAGCCUAUUGGUGUGCAUUAUGAUCAGAUCUUCCUGAGAUAUGGAGAUCCGACCAGUGUCACGGCCUGGGUUCCUAUGGGAGAUGUCAAGAUCAAUGGCGGUGGAUUGAUUUAUCUGGAGGAUGGUGAUAAGAUUGGACUCGAGCUGGAAGAAUCAUUCUUCAGGAAAGCGAAGCAGGCUGGACUUUCCGACGAAGAGGCCAAGUCGGCAUUCAACACGAAUAUGAUGGCCACCGGUCUCUUGUCCGAAUUCCCUACAGAGUUUGCGAAGGACCAUGGGAAGCGCUGGUUGGUAUCAGAGUAUGAAGCUGGCGAUGUUGUCUUGCACAAGCCGCACAUGAUCCACGCCUCGACAAUCAAUCAUGACCCAGACAAUGUCAUUCGACUCGCAACAGAUCUGCGGUUCUGUGACUCGUCUAAGCCUUACGACAAGAGAUGGAUGAACUCCUACCGGUUCAACGAUGGCGUAUAA